GGAACUUCGAGACCUUUUUCUGCAAAGUUUCGUUGGACCGUGAGGAGACCGUGGAACCAAUGUCAGUGAUGGCAACAUUCGCCCCGAUGCAUGGCGCACGCUCUCUAUGCACUAAGGUCAUCCCGAGCUCUGCUGCGCUUCUUUCGCACUAUCAGACAAGCGCGGCACACAGCCCAUAUGCAAGAAAGCGUUCUCAGUUGAAACGGUGAUACUCAUUCUUAAGAGCCGGUCGCCAUAUAUAAGCUACAAUACUCAUGUGGGCGCGCCGGCACUCGGACAACCUCAUUCACAGUAUGCGCCCGACCUGAGUAUUGUCACCGGGACCUGUUUCUCUUUGGUCCUCUUCCUUCAUGAUCUUACGCUUGUCUCUUGCCUUUCUGUUUUGUCUCUCGUUUAUUUUCUUGUCUUCCGCGGAAAAUGUCCAGGGCGACAACUUCUGUAGCGAGUUAAUGUGCGUAACUGCUUUCGUGAAUUCCAGCACGAUUACAUAUCAAUUGACUGCAUUGAAUCAGCUAGGAUGGAUGGCUGUUGGCUUUGGGAUGCAGAUGGCGGACGCGAAAAUGGUCAUCAUGUGGCCCAAUUUCGACGGCAGUGUGUCGCUGUCUCAAAGAACUGCUACAGGAGAAGUAGAACCUAACCCGGAUCCAAAUCCCCCUCGUAUUGCAACUAUAUUCAAUCCUUUGACUAAUUCAAAUCGCCUCGCAUUCACCGUUCCUAAGGAUGACACAGUUCAGCAAAAUGCCAUUUGGGCUCUGGGUGUUGCCAAUCCUAUGUCAGCUUCUGUGGAUGUGACCCUGGAAUUACACCUCGAUUCAGGGAACUUUACAUUGAACUUGUCCAAUCAUAUCAAUACGGAAGACAUUCCAGCUCUGAAUCCCGAAUCGUCUAGUAUGCUUCCUACUGACACUCCCAAUUCUGGUUCUUCAGCAUCGUCACCUCCCGAAUCCGGCGAGGGUACCACCUCUGGCGAAGAGCCUUUCGAGACGUUCGAGAGGCUCAUCAUUGCUCAUGCUGUCCUUUCGGCCGCGGGUUUCUUGGUGAUUUUGCCAGCAGGAGCUCUCAUCGCGCGCUGGGGGCGAACUUUCUCAGAGAAUUGGUUUUACUAUCACUGGAUGACACAAGUUGUUUUCAGUAUUCCGGUGGUUGUAACGGGGUGGGCGUUAGGUCCUUUGUCUGUCGCCGCUCAAGGCGGGGUUCACGCUAACGAUUCCCAUAAGGUGUUAGGCAUUUUGCUUUUCCCUAUGUACUUGAUCCAAUUAUGCUUCGGAACAUUUAUCCACUUCCGUAAACCCGCUUAUCCAAAACGACACCCGCCACGACAUAUUGCGCAUGGAUUACUGGGUAUGACAAUUGUUGCGCUUGCAUUCUACCAGGUUAGGACAGGGUUGACGGUGGACUGGACUACAGCUACGGCCCUUCCGAUCAAUCUCGAUAUUUUCUCAAAUCUCUGGAUUGCAUGGGUGGUAUUUAUUCCUGUCAUAUAUGUCAUGGGCUUUCUAUUGCUCCCGCGACAAGUUAAAUAUGAGCGGGAUCUACCGCCGCCGUAUUCGCCUGGAGUGACGGUACAUGAGGGAAAUAACGGAGCUGGUGUUAGGCAUCUCUUAGGACUUGAACCGGUGGACGAUGGCACGCACGACCUUUUCUCUGAGGACGUCACACGCAAUGCGGGAGAAAGAAGGAGAUCGAGCAGUCCGAAUUCUGGUGGGAUAGAAAUGCGAGAAGUUCCGAAUGAACGUCGAACACCCCUUUCUCUUGCUAGUUCUCAACUAGCAUCUCCUUCACCGUCAAGCAGGACAGUUUAAAGUGACCUUUAUUUUAUUUUGCACGUUUUCUUUCCCUUUUAUCUUUUGUGUUGAUUGGAUCGGAUUUUCUUGGCAGUUUCCGGAAAUUACAAUAUUUCUUCCUUCACACAUGUAUCGAGAUUCUCUUGCUUAUCGUGUAGCUGUAUCGCGAUGACAAUAUU